CUGCAGGUUGCUGCUUCCUGAUUGGCUGAGCCGCUGACUGAAGCAGGAAGAGGAGGAGCUUCAGAGCUUCAGGAAACAUGGCAGAGAGCAUCGCGGGACUUCCUGGUUCGGUCCAGGCGUUGCUCUGCAGCGCUGCCGCCGGUUUCGUGUUCGGAGAAGCUGCUUCGUUUGCGGCUGAACCUGCUCUGACCGCUGACGGCGUCCUGCUGAGCGCCGCCACGCUGGCCGCCGGUCGGACCGGAUCCACGGGGGUCACGGUGGUGUCGGCCUGCCUCGUCUUCACCUCGGCGCUCCUCUCUCUGGGCAGCGGCUUCCUGCUGGCCGCCGUGACGAUGAAGCUGCUGGGUACAGCCGGGGUCAGGCUGCCGUGGUUACCGGAGCUCCUGACCGGAGCCUCGGUGGUUCUGGGUGCCGUGGUAACCGGAGCGCUGGCCGGCCUCCUCCCUCCGUGGAUCUACAUCGGAGCCCAGGCUGCUCUGGUCCUGCUGGUCUACUCCUACUCCAACAUCAGCGACAUGACCACGGCGCUGCUCAUCAUCUUCACCACGCUCUUCCUCAGCGUCGCCUACGGCCGCAUGGGGCUCAUCUUCGGACUGCUGCUGAUGGUUCUGACCACCGCCGUGCUCCUGGUUCUUCGUAGGACCUUCACAAAGCGUCCCACCAGGAGACCUGCGGCCAAAGGAGGCUGCAAGCUGCUGGAGAGGAUCGUCUUCUAUGCGGUGUUUGUGGGGAUCCUGGGCUUCUUCGUGGGUCUGGGGGCCGGCCAGGCGGGAGACGGGUCAGAACCGGAGGUGGUUCUGAUGCUGCACUCGGUGCUGUGGGUGGCGUUCCUGUCGGCGGGGCUGCUGGGGGCCGGACUGGGGACGGUGGCCAUGGUUUCUCUGGGUCCGGCUGCGGCUCUGAAGGUGUCGGUCGGAGCUGCUGUUCUGGUGUCGGCCGCCCUGAGGCUCGUCCUGCUCUGGAGCUCGUCUCUGGAGGCCCGGAGCUGCACCGGAGCUGCUCUGGGGGCGGCUGCAGCUGCGGGGGUGUCUCUGGGAGCCGCAAGCGUCGCAUCAAAACUCGCAUUCGGGUCCAGAAAUUCGACCUUAGCAGCUUUGGGUUCGGUAGCAGCCGGGGUGGUCGUUGCCAUGAAGGUGGUGGCGCUGAAGGCGACCCCGCUGACCUCAGAACUGAUCACCGUCAGUCUUGUUGCUGCGGGGGCGUUUGUUCUGGGCGCACCGAAGAGCCCGUUCAACACCCAGGUGAACCUGCAGCAGGGCCUCCUCACGGGGACGGAGCUCAUUAAAGGCAUCGGCAUGGAGACGGUCACCGCGGCAGCAGCGCCGAUCGGAGCCGGGGCGCUGGGGGCGGCGGCGCUGGGCACCGCGGCUCUGGGGAGGCUGGGAACGCUGGGAGUUGUGGUGGCCAUUGUGCUGGCUCUGGGAAGCGCUCUGAGCGGGAUGAUUGGAAAAUCACCAGCGACAACACAAGAACACACAGACUGAGUUCACAUGGUCCCCAAAUAAACAAGAAACGGGAAGGAGACGGAACGACAGGAACAUCACUGAAAGCUCCUUUUGCUUCUUUUUACAGUCAAAAACAAACACUUUAGAAACACAAUAUUGAAAGUUCAGAAGCAACCAAAGUGAAUCCAGCUGUGAAAUCACUGAACAUAGUCCAAUCAAAACCACAGAGUUUAAAGUCAACACCAGAAAGUCCAAAAUGACUCCAGACGUGUCCAAAAUAACAUAAAAUCACUUAAAAUUGAUCAAAGCUGACUCCAAACCUGUCCAACACUAGUUAGAAAAUAUCAAGAAUGACUCAAAAACAGUCCAAAACAACCCAAAAUUUGCACAAAGAGAGUCAAAUUAUGUCCCAAAUUACUAAAAAUCAUCGAAAAAGGCUCAAAAAAUGGUCCAAAAUCAGCCGAACCGCAUGAAGCUGGUUCUAAACUGAGCUGUGAACAGAACCUUCUCAGUUCUAGUCAAAGUUGACCCCAAACCUGUCCAACACUAGUUAAAAACAUUAAAAAUGACACAAAAUUGAUCCAAGACGACCCCAAAAGCUGUCAGAAAAAAACUAAAUUGAGCCAUUUUAAAGUUUGAAAAUGUGGUCAAACAGUCAAACUUCUGAUGUCCACAUUUCCUACAUUUUUGGGAAAUUUUUGAACAUUUUUUGGUGGAAAAAAGAAAUUUAAAAAAUGUUUCUUAAGAACAUUUGUUCUUAAAGAAAAUAUUAGAAGUUUUACUGAUAUAAUGUAAUCAAUUUAGAUAUUUGUAAGAUUUUGUUUUUUGGAAGCAUGAAUGAUUUUUUUAAUCAUUUUUUGGAAAAAUUUCCAAGAAUUUUGUUGCCAAAUUUGAGGGAAUUUUUAAGGGAAACUUUUAAGGAAUUAUUGGAAUUUUCUUCCUGAAAGUUUUGCAAAUUUUCAGAAACUUGGGGAUUUUUUUGCUGAAUUUUUGGAUUUUUUUCAGACAAGGAAACAAUAUUUUUGGUGCCUGUAAAUGAAGACAACAGGAGGAUUAAUAUAAUAAAUCAAAACUGUUAGAUUUUAAUUUCACAUCAGAACAAACUGUGUUGUACUUAGAAGUAAUCUGAUUACUUUAAGGUGUAAUAGUUUUUGAAUUAUUUGACAUUUCAGUGAUGUUGCUCUAGUUUGCUUUUCUGCAUGUCAGUAAUUUAAAAUGAUUUAAACUGUCCUGUAAUGUGAAGUUUUAUCUGUUUUACACCAGAACACUUUGUUGUGUCAUAAAUCUGUUUUGUGGCUCCUAGUGUUGAAUUAAAGGUUGGUUUGUUCACUGCAA